CAAACUGGCAGCUGCUGUCAUCUAUUCGUUUUCGUUCGACGGGUGCGGAAAACAAAAAAAAUCCCGCAGCCAUCGUCGUCGCGGUGCCGUGAAAUUGAAAUUUCGGUGAAUGUCUUUCGAAUGUUUGUGCCCGGUUGGCGUUUGAGAUAAUUGAGGUUUUCGUCCAGUUGUGUCGUUGAUAUUGUAAAACUUGUGCUGUCCUUCGGUGCUAGAGUUGUCGGGGUUCCGUUUCCGGUUGUUGUUGGUUGGCAUUUUGUUGGUACCCUUUCACUCAGAGACGGUGAAAGGAAAACUUCUCGUCCUCCUGCCAGGAUGUGGGACUCUUCCGUGUUUCUCAGCACCUUGACUCCCAAGUUCUAUGUGGCUCUAACGGGAACAUCCAGCUUGAUUUCCGGGCUGAUUUUAAUCUUCGAAUGGUGGUACUUUCGCAAGUAUGGGACGUCUUUCAUCGAGCAAGUAUCCAUCAACCACAUUAGCCCAUGGAUCGGUGGAGGGGAAAGCACCACCGAAACCAGUACCAGCUCGACUCCGACUACGCAAAAUAUGCCGGAAUGCAAGGUUUGGAGGAACCCGCUGAAUCUGCUACGAGGUGCAGAGUAUCAACGGUUUUACUGGGCCACCCAAAAGGAACCGCUCACCUUUUACGAUAUGAAUCUGUCCGCUCAGGAUCAUCAGACGUUCUUCACCUGUGAAGGUGACGCUGGAAAAGCGGAGUACGAAAUCAUGCAGACGGCGUGGCGUGAGCGAAAUCCCGUAGUGCGUAUCAAGGCUGCUAAAACUGCUCUGGAACAGAAUCCGGACUGUGCUCCGGCUUACAUUUUGUUGGCCGAAGAAGAGGCCACCACAAUUCUCGAAGCGGAAAGAAUCCUCCGGACGGCAAUGAAGGUGGCAGAAGCCAACUACAAAAAAUCUCAGGCCGUGCAGCAUCAGGGCCCGGUCAUGGAGGGAGUUUUCCGGCGGGAUACCAAUGUGCUGAUCUACAUCAAACGUAGGUUGGCCAUGUGUGCCCGAAAGCUGGGAAAGCUGAAGGAGGCAGUUAAAAUGUUUCGUGAUUUAACCAAGGAAAUUCCUCCGAUCAUGAACGUGCUAAAUAUUCACGAGAACUUGCUGGAAGCUUUGCUAGAAAUGCAAGCCUAUGCCGAUUGCCAAGCCGUUUUGGCCAAAUACGACGAUAUUGCACUGCCAAAAUCGGCCACAAUUUGUUACACGGCUGCUCUACUAAAGGCUCGGGUAGUAGCGGAAAAGUUCUCUCCAGACAUUGCCUCCAAACGAGGCUUAACGCCGGCCGAAAUGAGCGCCGUCGAGGCCAUCCAUCGGGCAGUCGAAUUCAACCCCCACGUACCCAAGUACCUGCUGGAAAUGAAACAACUUAUCCUUCCUCCGGAGCACAUCCUCAAAAGGGGCGAUUCGGAGGCACUGGCCUAUGCCUUCUUCCAUCUGCAGCACUGGAAAAACGUUGAAGGUGCCCUCAAUCUACUGCACUGCACCUGGGAGGGAACCUUUCGCAUGCUGCCAUACCCACUGGAACGUGGCCACCUCUUCUACCCAUACCCAACCUGCACCGAGUGUGCCGAUCGGGAAUUGCUACCGGCCUUCCACGAGGUCUCCGUCUACCCGAAAAAAGAACUGCCCUUUUUUAUCCUUUUUACCGCAGGGCUGUGCUCGAUUACAGCCCUUCUGGCCCUUCUUACCCAUCAGUAUCCGGAAUCGAUGGGCAUCUUUGCCAGCACCACGCUCAACUGGUUCUCGAUGCCGUUCCACUUCCUGAAGGAACGCCUUGAAACCAUCUGGCCGUGCAACUUGCUGCAGCAUUUGUCCCGAAUUUAAGCUCUCUCAAACUUAAGUGUGAAUAUUAACGGAGCCGUACGGAAGCACAACUCAAAACACGUUUGUUCUGUUUUUUAAUACCUACAAAAUAGUGGUUUACGCUUGUGUUUCGAAUUAUUUAUUUAAAAACAAAAAAACUUUCGUUUCGCGUAGAUCGAGUGCUAAACCCGCUGCUAAAAUGCAUUUAGUUCUUUAAACAAAACGAAAAAAAAAACCCAAGUGAGCGCAAUUUACCAUGCAAAAUGUGUUGAAGAAUCUCUUCCGCAAAACUUAGCUGGUGCAAAACACCUACUUAAAUCUUAGUUAAGCAAGUCCCCCGUUGCUGUUAACGGUAAAUUAUUUUUGGAAUCACCGAGACAGCAAAGAGAAAUCCGACGUAAACUAGUGUACCCCCUAAGCGUAACAAAGAACAACCCCGUGUGAUUGCUGAUUAAGGGUCGGCAACACAACCCCCAUGCCCCCUAAUAUAUGUGUAUUUGUGACUGCAUUACCUACGUUUUAUUUUUCUGUGAAACAUAAAAAGAUCUUGGAAAAUAAAAAUUUGAAAUCCAAACUAA